AUGAACUUCAAAUCAAUAUCAAAGAGUUUACCUCCCAAACCACAUUCAGAUUCCAUCGACAAGUUAUGGACUCCUGUUCAAACUCUUGCUGAAUUGAAUGCAUUUGAAUGUGUUGCCUGGCGUCAAACUGCCAAAUGCUCGCCUCGUGGAGAUCAACAACCAAAGUUAGACGGUUCGUGUGAUCGAAUCAUUCUACCUACUGAUUCCGGAUUUUGUGAGUAUCGACAUCAAACAACAGGUGAAAUUCGUCGAAUCGUUGCAGCAAAAUGUAAAUCUCGCGCUAGUCAAAUGGGUUACUCGUGUCGAAAUGCUACGAUGCUUGUGCGUUAUAAUCUAAUGGCAGACGACUAUAAACCCAACUAUCCUCUUUCGUUCGAGAAUAAUCAACGUGACUUUAUUCAAGAGAAUAGACUUGUUCAAGGGAAUGCAAGUUCGACUUCUGUAUCAAAUGUCAAACCUCCUGCUUCAUUUUCUCGUGGAAUUGUUUAUGUUGUGUACGAACAAUUACUUCUUAGUGUUUAUGCUGCAAUUCGAGCUUUGCGCUCAACGGGUUGUACUCUUCCGAUUGAGCUAUGGUAUCGCCAAGACGAAACGAAUGCCUUCCAUCCAUUAUUGCAAGAACUACAACUUCAUUAUGGAGCGUACUUGCGUGUCAUUAAAGAUGCUCGAGCAAAAAAGUUCUACACAAAGCUAUAUGCUGUUUUUUAUACUGCGUUUGAUCAUGUACUUCUCUUAGAUGCUGAUAAUUUCGCUGCUCAAGAUCCAACUCAUUUGUUUACGACGGAAGUGUAUAAUAACACUGGAGCAAUCUUUUGGCCAGAUUACUGGAUGCCGAAUCGAACAAUUUUCAAAACAAAGAAAAAUAGCGACGUGUGGGAAUUUAUGGGCGUUCCAUUUGUCGACAUGUUUGAACAGGAAAGUGGUCAAGUUCUAGUGAAUAGAGUCAAACAUACGAAAGCAUUGCACACUUUAUUGCAUUAUGGACUUACUGAACCUCAUUUUCCAGCCAAGUUUAAUAUGCUAUGGGGAGAUAAAGAUCUUUUUCGUUUUGCAUGGAUGCGUACAAAUUCGAGCUUUCAUAUGAUCAAAAGACCACCAGGAAGUCUUGGGUUAAAAGCUUCUCAUUUGAAUAUUUUCUGUGGUAAUACCAUGGUGCAGCAUAAUCCUGAUGGUGAUAUUGUGUUUCUUCAUCGGAACAUUGUCAAGUUUCUGCCUAAUAAAGACAAUAGACAGAAACUAUGGGAAUAUGUACAACAAUAUCAUAUGAACCAAGAUCUGCGAUAUUAUGAAGUGCGAGGAGACGUCGAUCAUCGCUGGUUUCCAACUAUUCGUAAAUGUUAUGGACGACGCAUAAAUUAUCUGCGAGCAAAUUCGCUUAAACCUAUUCAAGACUUUCCAUUUGCAGGCCUUGAGAACGACAUUAUUCACUAUGUUCUUCAAGGCGAGAAAUUGAUCAAACAGCAUGGAUUGAGAACUAUGCAAACAAAAAAUUCAGCUAAGAAUCCGAUAUUGAAAUGA